AUGGAGGAUACUGACCAGAAUUAUGAACUUAUAAAGUUGUUUCUAAAGGAGAAAACACUUGUUAGACAGCAUCUAGAGUCAUUUAACUAUUUCAUAGACUAUGAUAUAAGGUCUAUAAUGAAUGCAAAUAACAUUGUAGACUCAGACAUUGAUCAUACUUUUUACUUGAAAUAUUUGGAUAUCAGAGUGGGAGCGCCGUCAGUGACUGAAAAUAUGAUAGAAACGCAAAUAUAUCCGCUAGAAUGUAGGAAUAGAGACUUGACUUACUCGGCCAAUAUCUAUGUGGAUGUUGAGUAUGUUAGAAAUAAGCAGGUUGUCAUAAAGAGAGACCUCUGUAUGGGAAAGCUGCCAAUAAUGCUUAGAAGUAACCGAUGCUUGCUCUCAGCUAAGAACAACGAUAUUAUAGAGAGCGUCAGUACUGUAAAUAAGCGUAUUAAAGAAUCUCAGGAGUGUUUUCUCGAUAACGGAGGGUAUUUCAUCAUUCAGGGAAUUGAAAGAGUCAUUCUGAUCCAAGAGCAGCUGUCAAAGAACAGAAUAAUGCUGGAGGAAGGCACAAAAGGUGUCUAUGCUUCUGUUACAUCUUCGAGUAUCGAGCACAAGAGCAAGACAAGCCUAAUUGUUAAAGACGACUGUUUUUAUAUUCAAAGCACCAGUUUUAAUGAGGAUGUGCCAGCGGUCAUCCUUAUUAAAGCAUUAGGAAUUAUUUCAGAUGCCGAAAUAUGUGAAAUUGUGGGGAAGGAACUGCUUGAUAUACUUCUGCCCAGCUUUGAAGAGGCAAUUUCAAAGAAGAUUUUCAGAGAAGAACAGGCAAUUUUGUAUUUAUCAAAAUUUGCCAAGAUUAAUCCAGAAAAUGAUAAGAUUGAUGAAGUUCGGACCGUACUUUCUGAAAGGAUAUUGCCAAAUAUUGAGUUCGACUAUACACUUAGAAAAAAGGGUGUUUAUGUGUGCCUGAUGAUACGAAAGCUGGCUAUGAAUAAAGCCGGGAUAAUAGGCCCUGACGACAAGGACUAUAUGGGAAACAAGAGAUUUGAGCUUGCUGGGCAGCUGCUCGGCAUUCUCUUUGAAGACUCUUUCAAAAAGUUUAAUUAUGAGCUUAAAAAGUCCAUUGACAAAAUUUUGAGCAAGAGAACAAGAACAUCCGAAUUUGAUGCUUUGACAUUUUUUAAUCUUCAAACAAGCUCAAUAACAUCAAGUCUCACCAGGGCCAUUUCGACAGGCAAUUGGAACCUUAAAAGAUUCAGAAUGGAGAGAAGUGGUGUUUCCAGCAUUAUAACACGGUACUCAUAUGUUUGUGCGCUUGGAAUGAUGACAAAGAUCAACAGCCAUUUUGAAAAGACGCGCAAAGUUAGUGGCCCAAGAUCGCUGCACACUUCUUCCUGGGGGAUGCUAUGCCCAGUCGAUACUCCCGAGGGUGAGAGCUGUGGAUUAGUUAAAAACUUGGCACUUUUGGCAGAAAUUACAACAGAUUCUGAUCCAAAGAUUAUUGAAAAGGUCCUGAUGGAAUACGGCGUCAGGAAAAUUGAAAUCUGUUAUGGAAAAGAGUUUUACCAGAAAAACAACCACCUCGUAUUCAUUAACGGUGGAAUAUUUGGAAUAGUGUCUCAGCCUGGGAUUUUAGUUAAUCUGUUUAGAAAAAGAAGAAGAUGCGGGAAGAUUGAUAAGUUCGUAUCAAUAUACACCAAUAGUGAUGAGAAGAGUGUCUAUGUUUCUACUGACAACGGUAGAAUCUCUCGUCCUGUAAUUAUACUCGACCAGAGUAAAGCUUUAACUGCCAAAAGUUUGAUUGAAAGACUUAAGAAGCAUCGUGCUCGGGAUAACUACACCGAAGUGCAUGAUCACGAUGCAGAGAGCCAGCUUUUGAUUCAUUUGGGGAUAUACUUUGACAAAGAGAGCCUUAGGUACAAAUCAUUCUCGGACCUUAUCAACGAGGGUAAAAUAGAAUACUUAGACAUAAACGAAGAAAACAACUGUAUGAUUGCCUUCACAGCGAGUGAAAUUAACGAGAACACUACACAUCUUGAAAUAUCUGAGUUUGCAAUUCUUGGCUACAUUGCUGGACUUGUGCCGUUUCCCCAUCACAACCAAAGCCCCAGGAAUACGUAUCAGUGUGCAAUGGGCAAGCAGGCAAUUGGACACAUUGCAGCCAAUGUUAAAAGAAGAUUUGAUUCUGCUAUUUUGCAGCUUAACUAUACUCAGAGGCCUAUUGCAUCUUCAAAGACACUUGAUAUUAUUAAAUACAACCAGAUUCCCUCUGGCUUCAAUGCAAUGGUGGCUGUUAUGAGCUAUAGCGGAUAUGAUAUUGAGGAUGCUGUUAUACUAAAUCAAGGAUCUGUUGAUAGAGGAAUGGCCAGGGUUGAGGUGUACAAGACUAAUACUAUUGUGCUGAAAAAAUACAGCAGCGGACAGUCGGACAAACUUGUUGGAGAUGGUGUAAUUUCUCCUGGAAAGUACGUAGUUGAUGGGACGGUGUUGGUUAACAAGAUUUCUCCAAUAACGAAUACUUUAACCUCAUCAAAGCAUAAGGGACAUCCAGCACACAUCGAAAAAGUAAUGAUUAGCAAAAGCGAAGACGAAAGUAUUAUAAAAGUAGUAACAAGAGAGACUAGAAGUCCUGAGGUUGGCGAUAAGUUUAGUAGUCGGCAUGGCCAGAAGGGCGUGGUUGGCCUGAUAGUUCCACAGGUUGAUAUGCCGUUCAAUGAACAAGGGUUAGCGCCCGACAUAAUCAUGAACCCCCAUGGAUUUCCAUCAAGAAUGACGGUUGGGAAGAUUAUUGAAUUACUUAGUGGAAAAGCGGCUAUGAUUGAAGGGAAAUAUGCGGAUGCAACAGCAUUUAAAAAGAAUCAAAUUAGAGACUUCUGUGAUGUUUUGGCUAAAAGUGGAUAUAGCUAUUCUGGAAAGGAUAUUUUUACGAGUGGAACGACAGGUGAACAGCUUGAGGCUUAUAUUUUCUAUGGCCCUAUUUUUUACCAGAGACUAAAGCAUAUGGUUGCCGAUAAGAUGCAUUGUAGGGCACGUGGCCCAAGAGCUAUUCUUACUCGUCAACCAACCGAGGGUAGAUCCAACGAUGGUGGCCUGCGUCUUGGAGAAAUGGAAAGAGACUGCUUGAUAGGUUAUGGUACCUCUGCUCUGCUCAAUGAGAGACUAAUGGUUUCAUCGGAUAUUUUCGAAGCGUUUAUAUGCAAAGACUGCGGUGUAGUAGGAUAUAAAGGACACUGCCCGAUGUGUAAGAAGUCCAAUCCAGUGCCUAUAAAAAUUCCAUAUGCCUGCAAACUCCUAUUCCAGGAAUUAAUGUCUAUGAAUAUUCUGCCAAAAGUUGAACUUGAGUAA